AUGACCUCCACCACUACUCCUCGUUUUGCGGUGAUUGAAGAUGUCCGUGCUCAGACCUUUGACUACAUCAUAUGCGGCGGCGGCACAGCGGGUCUGACCCUCGCCGCCAGACUCUCGGAAGAUGCAAGUAUCUCCGUACUCGUCCUCGAAGCCGGAAAAGCAAAUCUAGACGACCCUUUGAUUAUGGUUCCCGGUGCUUACUUGCAGCAGUUCGGAAACGAGAACUAUGAUUGGGCGUUUAUGACUACUCCGCAAGGGCACUGUGAUGGGAGGCAGUUCAUGUGGUCUAGGGGAAAGAGCUUGGGAGGGUCGUCGGCUUGCAACUUCAUGUCGUAUAUGCGACCACCGAAGGAAGACAUCAACGCUUGGGAAGAACUUGGAAAUCCGGGCUGGAAUUGGUCAAACUUUCUUACCUAUUCAAAGCGUGGCGAGGGGUUCACCCCACCCGCUGACAAGGACUCUCCUGCUUCCUGUCACAACUAUGACCUCAAGGCACAUAGCGGAGACGGUGAGCUAAAUGUCGGCUAUCCGAACUCGAUUAUGGCGGCCGAGGUGCAGUUACAACAGGCUUUGAACAAUGCAGGCGUGAAGACUCUAGAGGAUGGGUGCACAGGAACUGUAAAUGGGACCUGGAUGGCUGCGCUCACCAUAGAUCCGAAGAAGCGCACGCGAUCUUACGUUACUACUGCGUUUUAUUUACCGAACUCUGAUCGGCCGAACCUUCACAUUCUCCUAGAAGCGUAUGUCGCAAAGAUACGCUUCGCCAGAGAUAUUUCUCCUGAAUCGGACGAUAAUAAGAGGAAAGCAGAGGGGGUCGAGUUCAUUAUUCAGGGCGAACUAUACUUCACUUCCUGUCGCCUAGAAGUUAUCCUGUGUGCUGGGGCGCUUAAAUCGCCUCAAAUACUGGAACUCUCUGGGAUUGGUCCAAAGGCACGUCUGAGGGGUAUUGAUAUCCCCAUUCAAGUGGAACUUCCCGGAGUGGGGGAGAACGCUCAGGAACACAGCUUAUUUGGCAUGUCAUUCGAAUUGGACCCAGGUACAAGCUGGAAUACUUAUGAUUGCCUCUUCGACCCGGCUCGUGCUGCUGCAGAGAUGGCACUUUUUCAUGAGAAGCAGCAAGGCCUCUUCACGAUGGGCCUCGCAACCCUAUCCUACAUGCCGCUCCAGAAGGUGUCUGCCGACGCCGAGUCCUUGAUUGCAGCUCAACGUACGAAGCUGGAGCGGGAGCACCAGGACGGCAAGUUCAGCAAAGGUCUUUGGGAGCAGUACCAGAUCCAGCUCCGGAAUCUCGAGGAGUCCGCUGGGGUCGAUGUGGAGUACACGGUGUUCCCUGCAUUUUUCACCUUCCGGAGCAAGCCAGAGCCGGGAAAGUCUUACAUGACAAUCCUCUCAGUAUUGAAUCACCCUUUUUCGCGUGGAUCAGUUCAUGCGGCAUCGAAAAUUUGCACUGAUAACCCUGUCAUUGAUCCACACUAUUUUGAGGAUGACUUUGAUAUGAAGCUGAUGAUGGAAGCUCUGAAGUUCGUCCGCGUGCUGCGUAACACGGAACCCUGGAAGUCUGUCAUUGCGAAAGAGGUCGACCCGGGACCUGAGGUCGAAACCGAGGAACAAAUGCGAGAUUACAUCAAGCAGGGUUUAUCGACUAUAUAUCACACGUGCGGGACAUGUUCGAUGCUGCCUCGAGAGAAAGGCGGCGUGGUUGACCCUCAAUUGAAGGUAUAUGGAACAGAGAACGUCCGGGUCGUCGACCUUUCAGUCGUGCCGCUGCAUGUUGCUGCCCAUCCACAAGUAUUGCUGAGCAAGCUGCGGAUAUCAUCAAACUCGGAGACCACCAAUGAGAGCGACUCAGGGGCUGCACGGGCAUACGGUAUACAGGCCGUCGAUUAG